AUGGAGAAUAAGGAAAUGGAGAUGAUUCCCUAUGCUUCAGUUGUGGGAAGUCUGAUGUAUGCUCAAGUUUGUACACGUCUUGAUAUUGCGUACAUUAUUGGCAUGUUGGGCAAAUAUUUGAGGAAUCAAGGAAUUGAUCAUUGGAAAGUAAUCAAACGAUUCUUACGGUAUCUAGAGAGAACAAAAGAGCACAUGUUCACGUUCAAAAGGUUGGAUAACGUGGAGAUCAUUGGAUAUUUGGCCUCCGCUUUUGCAGGAUGCCAAGAUAGUUUAAAAUAUACUUCGGGGUUCAUUGUUCUGCUUGCUGGAGGAGUUGUCUCUUAG